GGUGGCACACAGACCCCCUGGGUGGCACACGGACCCCGUGGACACCCCUAGCCCUGUCCCCAGGACCCCUCUGAGCGCGGCUGAGGGGCUGCAGCAUGGACCGUGCCAAAGCCCACGCGCUGUUCCACGCGUGGCAGGUGUGAAAGUGCCGUGUGUCAAACACUCACCGAGCCCUCACUGCUCAUUUGCCUGAGUUUCAGCUUUUCCCCAGAUGCAAAUGCCGUCAGCUCCGGUCCCACCAGGAGUGCCGCCACUGAGAUGGAGGCCCCGCUCCCUGGUCUCUCCCUGCUUCUUCUCCUCCUGGCAGUGGGAUGGGGAAGCGGGAUGGAUGCAGCCUGGGCACCAUCUCCUGGGGGCUGUGAGCUUGUGCAGAGCAUCAUGGACUGCACUGGCAGAUGGCUGAGUUCCAUCCCAGUAAACCUUCGAGGCGAUACUGAGGAGCUGUUUCUUGAUGACAACACUAUCCAGGUCCUGGGCAAUGCCUCUCUGCUCCUGUAUCACCAGCUCUGGCAUCUCAGCUUGACCAGGAACCGGCUGGAGCUCAUUGAGCCCGGUGCCUUCCUCAGCAGCCAAGGCCUGGAGGUGCUCUCCUUGACAGACAACCUGCUCUUCACCAACUACUCGCUGACAGCCGCUGCCCUUUCUGCUCUGCCGGCCUUGAGGAUGCUGGAUCUGGCUGGAAACCAGCUCAGGGAGGACAUGGUAUCAGUUUUAGUCUCAAACCUCUCUUCCUUGGAGUCCCUGUCUGUGGCCAGGAACAUCAUCAUGAGGUUGGACUCAUCCAUCUUCACAAACCUGACAGAGCUGCUGGAGCUGAACCUGGAGAAGAACUACAUCUUUGAGAUUGACAAUGCUUUUGAAGGGCUGCAGAGGCUGCAGAGGCUCAACAUAGCUUACAACUACCUCCCGUGUCUGGUGGGGUUUGGCCUGACCCAGCUCAGGGUGCUCAAUGUCAGCAACAAUGUCAUUGAGUGGUUUCUGACCCUGGAAAUCGAUGACCUCUUUGAGCUGGAGGUGCUGGACCUGUCCCACAACCGCCUCCUGUUCUUCCCUGUGCUGCCCCGGAGGAGCAAGCUGCACUCCUUGCUGCUGCAGGACAACAGGAUGAGCUUCUACCAGCGUCUCCCCAACGGCACCUCCCUGGCCAACGUCACCAUGCAGUUCCUGAUCAUUGAUGGCAACUCCACCAACAUCACAACGGUCAGGCUCUGGGACGAGCUCUGCCACAGCAACCUCUCCUCCCUGCGCCUCCUAGACAUGAGCCAGAACGAGGUCUGGGGUCUGCCAGAUGAUUUCCUGGCCCAGAUGCCUGCCCUGACCCACCUGAAGCUCAACCAGAACUGCCUGGAGGCAUUUCACCUGUCAGAGGAGGACCCCUUGGCCAUGCUGACAGAGCUGGACCUCAGCCAGAACCAGCUGGUGGAGCUGGGGGUGAAGGUGGGCGUUGGGGACAUCCUGCCCAGCUUGCAGCUCUUCAACCUCAGCACCAACAGGCUGCAGGCUCUUCCUCCCGGGAUUUUCACCCACACCAGGAAGAUCACUACCCUGGACCUCAGCCGCAACCGGGUUCACCUCUGUCCCCAGCCAGGUGAGGCCGAGAGUCUCGCCUGCGUGGACAUCAGGGGCGUGGAGACCUUGACCCAUCUCUCCUUGGCCGGCUGUGGUCUGCAGGGCAUGGGCGGCCGCCCCUUCCAGGGGACAUCGCUGAUUCAUCUGGACCUCUCUGACAACCGCCAGGCGCUGUCUGGGGACCUGGGGUGGCUGCAGGACCUUGUCCUGACACUGCAGGUGCUGUCUCUGAGGAACACCAGCCUCUCUUCCACCGCCGUGGACUUCUCUGCCCUGAACAGCCUCGUGCGCUUGGACCUCUCCGGGAAUUCCUUGGCUGCGUUCCCCACCUCGCUGGGCACGCUGAGGCUGCGCAGCCUGGACCUGCGGGACAACUGCCUCCCGGCGCUGCCGCUGGACGUGGUGCAGGUGCCGCUGGGGAGGAGCCUGCGGGAGAUCUACCUCAGCCGAAACCCCUACAACUGCUGCACGCUGGGCUGGUGGGACGCCCUGCAGCAGGCUGAGGGGCUGCGCGUCCCCGACGGGCGGGAGGUGACCUGCAGCCACGGCUCCCGCGCGCUGAGCCCCGGCGCGCUGCCCGAGCCCGUCCUGCGCAGCUGCCGAUGGCAGACGGCCGACCUGGCGCUGCUCUACCUGGUGCUGGCUCUGCCCACCGGCCUGACGCUCCUGGUGGCCUUCGUCGUCAUCUUCCUCAUGCUCAAGGAGAAGCUGCUGAAAAUGGUGAAAACCCGGUGUGGCAUGUCCAGCCCUUACUAAUGGCUGAGGAAGAGGAAGGGCUUGGGAAUAGUCAAUAAUAGGAGGUGGUCAGGAGUACAGGUGAUAACCCCUCUGAGGUGGUCAAGAUGGAAACCUGAUGGAUGCAGGACAGGAGGUGCUGGGAGAGCUGCCAUUCCUGCCCUAACAGUACCCAAAGGGUGAGGGCUGUGUCUGGUGAUGGAGCGCUGGGAAUCCUCAAGGAACGUGUCUUCAGCAGAAACCUUCAGCUGGGGUUGGUGAGAGCUGAGUGGACACGACAUCAAACAUUCCUUGGCUGAAAGGACGGGUUGCCCAGAAAAUCUGAGGAUGCCCCAUCCGUGGAAGUGUUCAAGGCCAGGCUGGAGUGGGCUUGGAGCAAUCUGAUCUAGAGGAAGGUGUUGUAACCAGAUGGGUUUUUAAAGUCCCUUCCAAGCCAGACCAUUCUGGGAUUCUGUGACAAUUUUCUCCAGCACUGCUUUCCCCCCCACACCUUCCGGCAGUUCCUUUUAUUUAUUCCCACCUGUAGCCAAUUCAAAAUCUCUUCCAGAUCUGCAACCAGCCUCCACAAAGUGCCCCAGGCUGGAGCAAACAUCACCUGGGCACCGUGGAAAGCUCAGUAGCGACAGCUUUCCACACUGCUCUUGCCAGCACUGCCAAACUCGCAGGCAACCCUGAUCAUGCAACAUGUGUGUGUACUGAUAAAGACAGGCGUUGUCAGCAGGGCUGAAAGACACA